GCUACCUUAGCAACCGGCCCCGUUUGGUGGCCCAAAACGCUCAGUAGGCUGGUUAUUCCCUUUCGAGCAACAAAUCGUUUAACAAGCAGUGUAAAGUGUGCACCUGGCUGCCGCAGCAAAUCUCCUUCAAAAUGUCCGAAAAGUAUCUUCGCCAGCAAAAUCUGGUGCUGCUUCCGCCGGAGCAACCGAAGUACACGCCGCGCGACUGGAAUGCGAACAAUCGGCGUCAGAAUCUGUUCUCGCUCGAGCAGCAAGCACUGGCGGACCGUGUGAUAAGCGAAAGUGAUCGAAUUAUCGACGAGACGAAGCACACGACGGAGGAGAGCAAAAGUGAGGUCGACUUUCGGCUUCGCGAGCGCAUCGAGGAUAUCCAGUUCCGGCGCGACGAGCUGCAGCAGCAGAAGAAGGACGCCCACAUCGAGGAGGAAGCGCUGAAGGUGUACAAGCGGCGCACGAUCGAUGCAAUCAACACGCUGCGGGAAAUUGCGGUGCCCCUGUGCCAGAAGUGUAUUGCGCUGCGGGAAAAGCGCACGGGCUCGGACCUGGUGAACGAUGCGGUCGAUCGCGAGCUGCGGAAGGAGCUGGACGUGACGGAGGGUGGGAUCGCUUUGCUGGAGAAGGUGCUGGAGGAGACGGUGGAGCAGAUCCGGCGGCUGCGGGCGACCAUCUAUCUGAUCGACCGCGAUCUGGCGGACAAGGACCGGUCGAUUAAGAUCGAUGCGAAGAAUCUGGAGCUGCGCCCGAACCAGAUGGAGAUGAAGAUCUACGCCGGCCGGGUGCCGUUGGAUCCUUACAACUCCACGGACGAGGAAUGGAUCAUGGUAACCAACCGGAACAUUGAGGCAACGGCCAAGGAGAUCAGUUCCGCCCAACCGCUGCGCUCGUACGUCGACCAGCUGCUGCGCCAGGUGGCCGAGGACAUUCGCACACAGGUCGAGCGCACCAACGCCGCGUUCCGGGAGCGUGUGGCCGAAAUGCGCUACACCAAAACGAAGCUCGAGAACGUGCACAAGGAAACGGUACGCCAGGUGAACGAGCUGACGCGCACCGUUACCCGGCUGGAGCGUGAGAUUGCCGAGAAGGAGGGCUACGUAGCGCUGGCCCAAACACGCCUAGCGAACCGUUCCCAGCGCCCCGGCAUUGAGCUAUGCCGGGACAAUGUGUACGAAGGGUUGAAAAAGGAGCUGGCCGCACUGCGCGGCACGAUCGCCAAGCUGGACGGUAGUUUGGUCCGGUCGAAGGCGACCCUGCGCUAUCUGCUCAACACGCAGGUGAUGCAGGAGGAGGAAAUCAACCUCAAGACGGAAUCGCUACGCAUCGACGAGGUGGACUGCAUUACCAUGCGCGAAAGUUUCAAAUUUCAAUCGUUUUAAAUCAACCCAACGAGAAAUAAAUUAAAACCCCUGCGCGGCUCCAAA